AGAAAUGGUAUCAUCCAAAUGCUACUCCCAUCAUGCCAUGCUGAUCGUCUUUCUCUUCCGCCAUCUUGGAUCCUGAGAAGGGAUCUGAAGUGUCACCAUGGCUGUGCGUCCGCUCAGAAAGCCGAAGAUUGUCAAGAAGCGGGUGAAGAAAUUCAUCCGCCAUCAGAGCGACAGAUAUGACAAACUAAAGCAAAACUGGCGUAAGCCCAAGGGUAUUGACAACCGUGUGAGGCGGCGCUUCAAGGGCCAGUACCUCAUGCCUAACAUCGGUUAUGGGAGCGCCAAGAAGACCAGGCACCUCCUGCCCUCAGGCUUCAAGAAAUUCCUCGUCCACAAUGUCACUGACCUGGAGGUCUUGUUGAUGCAGAACCGGACGUUCUGUGCCGAGAUCGCUCACAACGUGUCGUCGCGCAAGAGGAAACUGAUCGUGGAGCGCGCCCAGCAGCUGGCCAUCAAGGUCACCAACCCCAACGCUCGUCUCCGCUCCGAGGAGAACGAGUAGAGCCAGCUGUCCAUGUGUCUAGAGAAAUAAAAAUAGAUAUACACCAUC